ACCCGGCUGUGCGGGGCCUCACCCAGCGUUCGGCGCCGAGGGAGGGGCCCAGGCGCGCGGCGCCCCGCUCGCGGCGCCCACCCUGGAGCCGGGCCUCCCUGGGCUGCGGCGGAGCCCGAGCCGCGAUCAGAGGAGGAGGAGGGGGGCGGUGGGCCCGGCCUCGCUGCUCCGGCCGCCGCCAUGGUGCAGAUGGAGACGCAGCUGCAGAGCAUUUUCGAGGAGGUCGUGAAAACAGAAAUCAUAGAAGAGGCAUUUCCAGGCAUGUUUAUGGAUACACCAGAAGAUGAAAAAACAAAACUUAUCAGCUGCUUGGGAGCUUUCAGACAGUUUUGGGGUAGCCUUUCUCAGGAGUCUCAUGAACAGUGCAUCCAGUGGAUUGUUCGGUUCAUUCAUAGCCAGCAUAGCCCUAAGAGAAUAUCUUUUCUUUAUGACUGCUUAGCAAUGGCAGUGGAAACUGGCCUUCUUCCACCCAGGAUGGUUUGUGAAUCCCUGAUAAAUUCUGAUACACUUGAAUGGGAAAGAACACAACUUUGGGCAUUGACAUUUAAACUGGUUCGGAAAAUAAUUGGUGGUGUGGAUUACAAGGGUGUACGAGAUCUCUUAAAAGUGAUUUUGGAGAAAAUCUUAACAAUACCAAAUACGGUGAGCUCAGCUGUGGUACAGCAACUUCUAGAAGCAAAAGAGGUUAUAGCUUAUAUUUUGGAACGAAAUGCCUGUUUACUACCAGCCUAUUUUGCAGUUACAGAGAUAAGAAAAUUAUAUCCUGAGGGGAAACUUCCACAUUGGUUAUUAGGCAACCUGGUAUCAGACUUUGUGGAUACCUUCAGGCCCACAGCAAGAAUAAACUCCAUUUGUGGGCGCUGUAGUCUUCUGCCAGUGGUAAAUAACUCUGGUGCCAUAUGUAAUUCCUGGAAAUUGGAUCCUACAACACUUCGUUUUCCUUUGAAAGGCCUUUUACCAUAUGAUAAGGAUCUGUUCGAACCUCAGACUGCUUUAUUGAGAUAUGUGUUGGAGCAACCUUAUUCCAGAGAUAUGGUCUGCAAUAUGCUAGGUUUAAAUAAGCAGACCUUGAACAUUGCUCAGCACAAACAGCGCUGCCCAGUGCUGGAGGACCAGUUGGUGGAUCUGGUGGUUUAUGCCAUGGAACGUUCAGAGACUGAGGAGAAAUUUGAUGAUGGGGGAACCAGUCAGCUUCUGUGGCAACACCUCUCAAGCCAGCUCAUUUUUUUUGUACUUUUCCAGUUUGCAAGUUUUCCUCAUAUGGUCUUAUCUCUUCAUCAAAAGUUAGCAGGGCGAGGUCUAAUUAAAGGCAGAGACCAUCUAAUGUGGGUACUGCUGCAGUUCAUUUCUGGAAGUAUUCAGAAAAAUGCAUUAGCUGAUUUUCUCCCCGUUAUGAAGCUCUUUGAUCUUCUUUAUCCAGAAAAAGAGUGUAUUCCUGUACCGGAUAUUAACAAACCUCAGUCAACCCAUGCCUUUGCAAUGACAUGUAUUUGGAUACAUCUAAACAGAAAAGCCCAAAAUGACAACUCCAAACUACAGAUUCCUAUACCUCACUCCUUAAAACUUCACCAUGAGUUCUUGCAACAAAGUCUUCGAAAUAAAAAUUUGCAGAUGAAUGACUAUAAGAUUGCCUUGUUGUGUAAUGCAUACUCUACAAAUUCAGAAUGUUUUACAUUACCCAUGGGAGUUCUAGUAGAAACUAUUUAUGGCAAUGGAAAUAUGAGAAUCUCUCUCCCUGGAAUUAAUUGCAUGGCAUCAGGAUCUAUCACCCCCUUACCGAUGAACCUGUUGGAUUCCCUUACAGUGCAUGCCAAAAUGAGCUUAAUUCACAGUAUUGCUACCAGGGUAAUAAAACUGGCACAUGCAAAAUCCAGCGUGGCAUUGGCUCCAGCCCUAGUGGAAACCUACAGUCGUUUACUGGUUUAUAUGGAAAUAGAAUCCUUGGGCAUUAAAGGAUUUAUUAGUCAACUCUUGCCUACUGUUUUCAAGUCUCAUGCUUGGGGAAUUUUACACACACUCCUGGAGAUGUUCAGCUAUCGUAUGCACCACAUCCAGCCUCAUUACCGAGUUCAACUACUGAGCCACCUUCACACUCUAGCUGCUGCUCCCCAAACCAAUCAAAACCAGCUCCAUCUCUGUGUUGAGAGCACUGCUCUAAGACUCAUAACAGCACUUGGCAGCUCUGAAGUGCAACCUCAGUUUACUCGUUUCCUUAGUGACCCCAAAACUGUGCUUUCAGCAGAGUCUGAAGAACUGAAUCGGGCCUUAAUUUUGACCUUAGCGAGAGCGACUCAUGUGACAGAUUUUUUUACAGGCUCUGAUUCAAUUCAGGGAACUUGGUGCAAGGAUAUACUUCAGACUAUCAUGAGUUUUACACCUCACAAUUGGGCUUCUCAUACUCUUAGCUGCUUUCCAGCUCCUCUACAGGCAUUCUUCAAGCAAAAUAAUGUACCUCAAGAAAGUCGUUUUAACCUGAAAAAGAAUGUAGAGGAGGAAUACAGAAAGUGGAAAUCUAUGAACGAUGAAAAUGACAUCAUUACUCACUUCUCUAUACAAGGCUCUCCUCCUCUCUUCCUUUGCCUCCUUUGGAAGAUGCUCUUGGAAACAGAUCACAUUAAUCAAAUUGGCUAUAGAGUACUGGAGAGAAUUGGGGCUAGAGCCUUGGUAGCUCAUGUCAGAACAUUUGCAGACUUCCUGGUAUAUGAGUUCUCCACAUCAGCUGGAGGUCAGCAACUCAACAAAUGCAUUGAGAUCCUCAAUGAUAUGGUAUGGAAGUACAACAUUGUUACACUGGACCGAUUGAUUCUGUGUCUUGCCAUGCGUAGUCAUGAAGGAAAUGAAGCUCAGGUUUGUUAUUUCAUAAUUCAAUUGCUGUUGCUGAAGCCAAAUGAUUUUAGAAAUCGAGUAAAUGAUUUUGUGAAGGAGAACUCUCCAGAGCACUGGCUGCAGAAUGACUGGCAUACCAAGCAUAUGAAUUAUCACAAGAAAUAUCCUGAGAAGCUGUAUUUUGAGGGCCUAGCAGAACAAGUCAAUCCUCCUGUGCAGAUCCAGCUCCCCUAUCUUCCAAUCUACUUUGGAAAUGUGUGUCUCAGAUUCCUGCCAGUAUUUGAUAUAGUUAUCCACAGAUUUUUGGAAUUGCUGCCAGUGUCCAAAUCACUGGAGACUCUUCUGGAUCACUUGGGAGGCUUAUACAAGUUUCAUGACCGUCCGGUAACUUACUUAUAUAAUACUCUGCAUUACUAUGAGAUGCACCUGAGAGAGCGCUCACACCUCAAACGGAAGCUUGUCCAUGCUAUCAUUGGCUCACUAAAAGAUAAUCGGCCCCAGGGCUGGUGUCUAAGUGAUACAUAUCUCAAAUUCGCUAUGAAUGCACGAGAAGAAAACCCUUGGAUCCCAGAUGACUCUUAUUAUUGCAGACUUAUUGGCAGACUAGUGGAUACUAUGGCCGGCAAAUCUCCUGGUCCAUUUCCAAACUGUGACUGGAGAUUCAAUGAGUUUCCCAAUCCAGCUGCCCAUGCUCUUCACGUUACCUGUGUGGAGCUAAUGGCUUUGACUGUUCCAGGAAAAGAUGUUGGGAACGCCCUUCUAAAUGUUGUCCUGAAGAGUCAGCCUUUAGUACGAAGAGAGAACAUUACUGCAUGGAUGAAUGCAAUUGGAUUGAUCAUCACUGCCUUACCAGAGCCAUAUUGGAUUGUCCUUCAUGGUCGAAUUGUGAGUGUUAUUAACAGCCCUAGCUUCAUCUCUGAGACUGAAUGGGUUGGAUACCCAUUUCAACUUUUUGACUUUACUGCUUGUCACCAAUCUUAUUCUGAGAUGAGCUGCAGCUACACUUUGGCUUUGGCACAUGCUGUGUGGCAUCAUUCUAGCAUCGGACAACUUUCUCUCAUUCCCAAAUUCCUCACUGAAGCACUCCUUCCCAUAGUAAAGACUGAAUUCCAGUUACUUUAUGUGUACCACCUUGUGGGACCUUUUUUACAAAGAUUUCAGCAAGAGAGAACUCGGUGCAUGAUAGAGAUUGGAGUGGCGUUUUAUGAUAUGCUUCUGAAUGUAGACCAGUGUAGCACCCACUUACACUACAUGGAUCCCAUCUGUGAUUUCUUAUAUCAUAUGAAGUAUAUGUUUACUGGUGACAGUGUGAAAGACCAGGUAGAGAAAAUUAUCUGCAAUUUAAGACCAGCUUUAAAACUUAGACUGCGAUUCAUAACACAUAUCAGCAAAAUGGAACCAGCUGCAGUCCCUCCACAAACCAUAAACAAUGGGUCCCCAGCACCUCAGCCUACUCAAGUGACAGUCAAUGUGGCUUUGCCAGUAACUCAGUAAAGCCCCAUGGUGAAAAUUGGAGCACUGAUUACUUUGGAAAUGGCGAGAAAAACCCAGUUGGUCUGAACACUUUUCUGCUGCAUAGUACCAUGCUAGAAGAGGGUAAAACAAAUUGAAAAUUUGAUGUUGAAUCAUGUGAUGGAUCUACUGGACAUCUAUCAUUACCACCUACUACAAGAGAAUAGAAGCCGUCUUAUGCUAUCCAGAAUAAUUUAUCAGUGGUACUCUAGGAACAUAGUGGUGGAUCAGUUGAAUUUUAUUUAUUAGUCUUCCUUUGUUAGUUACUUAUUUUAAUUUUUAUUUUCCGUGUCAUACUCAGUCUUCAAACCUGGAUUGUUUAAAGGGAAUAGGAAAUAUUCCUAUUCCAAUAGGAAAUCAGAUCAAAUGAGAUAUUUGUAAAGCACUUAGCAUGGUGCCUAGAACAUAGUAUAUUAUAUAGUAGGCACUAUAUAAAUACUUCUGGUUAUUUGGUAAGGAAGGGUUAACAAGAGUUUUUUACUCUUUAUAAAAAAAAAUCAUUGUAAAUUCCCAUUCGCAUAUUCUGUUAUUUCCAAUAAAGAAGAUAAUUGAUAAAUUUUAUUUAUCCAUGCAAAGAAAAUCAUGUUUCGAAGAAUUUUAAAAUCCAUGUUUUUAAGUUUCAAGGAUAAUGGCUCUACUGUCUAGUCUUAAUUAAAUUUUUAUAAUGUUGAAACCUUUAUAUUUGUAUAAUGAAAAUUUUGUGGGAUUUUGUGCCGUAUGCAGUUUAAGCAAAGCAAAAAAUGGAACCAGUGCUUGUAAGAAGUGUAAAAUAUUGUUUAAUUAAAGAAAUUUUAUUAAUACAAUUGGUGAUUUGAAUUUCUUUACUUCUCAGUGCAAAGUUGAUUAAAUUUCAAAAAACAAUUGAUGAAACAGAACCUGAUACCCUAAAAAGAUAUUCUUGUACCUAUAAUGUAUUUGUAUAGGGUCUCAAUUUUCCCCAAGGAAAAUAAUGUAAAAAUUGUAAAAUAAUGACUUGUAUUUUACAUAUGUAAAAUACAUAUGUACAUUAAGAAUUAUAUAGAUUGUUCCUCAUGGCCCUUUAAAAGCAGUAAACUGCUUUUAAAUCCACUUAGCCCAAGGCCAGAUAACUGUUAUGGGAGCCAGAAUUGGAACUCAGAUCUCCUAACAGCAAGUUCAGAACUCUUUCUACUACCCCAUUUUGCCUCUAAAAAAGUACACAGAUUUUUAUAGUGAAAUCAUAAGAUUGAACUUCAUAGGCUUAGCAUUCCACGGUUUGACCUUGUAGGAUAUCAAAAAUACUGUAUUCCUCCAAAUGUUUGAAGUGUUCAUGUGAAAUCAAAGUGUUUGCUAUUUUUUUAAAAUCUUUUUUUACUCCCUAGAAGUGUUAAGGAAUCUGUUCAUCUUUCUUUGAAAAUAAAAGAUCUUUGCUAUUUUUCAGUUCA